AGGUGGGAGCCUAAUCCAAGAUGGCGGUGCAGGAAUCAGCUGCUCAGCUCUCAAUGACUUUGAAGGUGCAGGAGUAUCCCACUCUCAAGGUGUUAUAAGCUAACACAAGUGAGGAGAGGAAACCCAUUGAAAGGAGAGCAUAGUUCUGUAAUGGUUCCCCUCACCUAAUCUGGUGCCAUAUGAAACACUGAACAAACGGUUUCGAGCUGCACAGAAAAACAUCGACCGAGAGACAAGCCACGUCACCAUGGUGGUGGCAGAGCUGGAGAAGACGCUGAGCAGCUGUCCUGCUGUGGAUUCAGUUGUUAGUCUCCUGGAUGGAGUAGUUGAAAAGCUCAGUGUUCUGAAACGAAAGGCAGUUGAAUCGAUCCAGGCUGAAGAUGAAAGUGCCAAGCUCUGCAAGCGUAGGAUCGAGCACCUGAAGGAGCACAGCAGUGACCAGCCAGCUGCUGCCAACAUGUGGAAGAAGAAGCGUAUGGACCGGAUGAUGGUGGAGCAUCUUCUACGCUGUGGCUACUACAACACAGCUGUGAAACUAGCAAGGCAAAGUGGCAUUGAGGACUUGGUAAAUAUUGAGAUGUUUCUGACUGCUAAAGAAGUAGAAGAGUCACUGGAAAGACAAGAGACUAUGACUUGCUUGGCUUGGUGUCACGACAACAAAUCCAGGCUCAGAAAAAUGAAGAGCUGUCUGGAGUUCAGCCUAAGGAUUCAGGAGUUCAUUGAGCUCAUCCGACAGAACAAGAGACUGGAUGCUGUGAGACAUGCAAGGAAGCAUUUCAGUCAGGCUGAAGGCAGCCAGCUGGACGAGGUUCGACAAGUGAUGGGAAUGUUGGCCUUUCCUUCAGACACUCACAUCUCCCCCUACAAGGAUCUCUUGGACCCUGCUCGAUGGAGAAUGCUGAUCCAACAGUUUAGAUACGACAACUACAGACUACAUCAGCUGGGAAACAACUCUGUUUUCACUAUCACACUCCAGGCAGGCCUUUCAGCUAUAAAAACACCGCAGUGUUACAAAGAGGAUGGGAGCUCCAAGAACCCAGACUGCCCUGUGUGUAGCAAAUCCCUGAACAAGUUGGCUCAGCCCCUGCCUAUGGCACACUGUGCCAACUCACGACUAGUCUGCAAGAUUUCAGGGGAUGUCAUGAACGAAAAUAACCCUCCCAUGAUGCUACCAAAUGGAUAUGUCUACGGAUACAACUCUCUGCUUUCUAUUCGCCAAGAUGACAAAGUAAUUUGCCCAAGAACCAAAGAAGUCUUCAACUUCUCACAAGCUGAGAAAGUCUACAUCAUGUAGGUCAGUGGAGCAGAGGCUGAGGUGCCGCUGAGCUGACGCAGUCAGUGUGUGUUUGGCAUCCCCUGGCACGGGGAGGGGGGGGCCUUCAUGUGUGGCAAAGAAGCAAAACCUGCCACCUUGGAUCAGACCUGUCUGUGGCAUUCUUGUUUCUUGCGACCAAAGAUCAAUGAGCAACAAUAAACACUCUUAAAAACAACAACAACAAGUUUUAAAAAAAGAGGUAUUAUGACUUAAGUUUGUACUUGAAUAAAAACAAAAAUACAUUUUGAUUGUUAAGGUUUUGUAAUGUGAGGUCACAAAUUGGACUCUCCUCAAAAGUACUCUCAUCUUCUAGAGGAUGACUUUUCUUUAAAGAUGGACAUUUGCACUGGGGGAAAGUUACAACAGAUUUGGAAAUGCAUUUUUCUUCCCUCUUUUUCCACAAUUGUCCAAGACCCUUUUGUUAUCAGAUUUCAGUACUACCACUGUGUUCUCCUUUGAGCUCCUCUUUGCCUUCUAUCUGAUCCUCUGGUGAAGUUCUCCUGAGUUACAUAACUUAUCUCCAGGGGAGGACAUUGAUGUCUGACACAGGUCUUGGCUUCUCUGGAGGAUCAGCUGGGGACUGGUUUGAAGGGGUGUGAGGUCUUUUUUUCCAAACCCAACUAUUUUAAGGAGGUUAAUAAGUAUCGAGAGGAACUGAGAACAUUUCAGGCAGCGCUCAAUGCUUGUUUAAAUGUUCUUCCAGUCUACCAUAGUGUUAAAGUCCUUCUGAAGUUCUUAGUUAUGUGCAUAGGGUUCAAUAUGAAAUCAUUAGUGCUACUGCCUUAUUUCUUGCUUUGAGAAUGUACUCACAUGAAAAUGAGCUGGUAUUCGUACGUGUUGGGCCAAGUUUCUGAAGAUGCCUUGCAGGAUGAUUACAUAAUUUUAGGGUCUCGAUAGCAUUCAUUACUGAAACCAAUAGUUCAGUUUUAACAACUGCAGAACUCAUCCUUCUGACUUUUCAAAAGGAAUUUAAACCAUUGUAGUUUAAACAAAACCAUAUUGUAGAGGUUUGUAUCUAGCGCUUAUUUUUGCAUGUUGAUGUUGAUUAGCUAAUAAAAUACUGUAAAUGUAAAACAUGUUAAUAAAGAUUGUUUUCCAUUUCUUGAUUAUAAAAA